AAUUUGUUUUUUAAAAAAAUUACAAAACUACCAAAGUGUCCCUGUGGUAGGAUUUGGGCUGAGACACACUGGAGCAAAGAGUCUUCCUCUUUCCUUCAUUUCCCUUGCUGAUUUCCAAAUCUUGAAGCUGCGAAAAUACACUCAUCCAUUGUCAAGUCUUACUGAUUGAGCUGUAUAAAUGCAAUCCGACGUCGUUUCUAAAGACCCUUGUUCAGAAAAUGCUGUUAGUGCUGAAUUGAGUGGUUGUGUUCUUGAAACCCUAGUUGAAGAAGAGGGUUUGAGGAGAGAGAAAGAAUCUGAGGGUAUGGAGGUUGAUAAUGUUGGUGAGCAUUUGAAUGAUAAAGGAGAGGCUAGUAGUUUAAAGGGUGAAUUGGGUUCUUUGAAUGAUGCUUGUGUUGAAAAAAAAAGUAAAGACUUAGUUACUACUGAGGGUGUAAUGAAUCAAGAGAACCCUAUUAAGGCGAAUUUCAAUUCUUUUGCUCAGCAGUUAUUUCCGAAUCCGAAUCCUGUUGAUGUUGGCAGAAGGGGUAAGGAAGUGGAGACGAGGAAAUCUGUAGAGAAUCAAUCAGGGGAGGUCAAAAGUCAGGCUGCCACCAGUGAUAAGGUGGAAGGAGGAGAUUUUUUCGGAACAUAA